CUCCCGCACCACGUGACCAGCAACAAACCUCCAUGGCGGCGCACUGCACAGCAGGACUUGUAACAAGAUCAGGACUGGGUUCCUUACUAAGGAGAGUUUGUUGUAUAACAAACUCCGGUCCCCCCACAGCCUUACUGUGCCAGCAACACCGUUGCUUCUUCUGGAGGAAGUGGAGAAGUUCUCAUAAUGUAGUUCGUCCUGCUACCGUGAGGCCUGCAUAUGCAGUACCAAAGCACAUUGAGCGGCCUGACUAUGUAGGCACUGGUCUAGUCCCAGAAUGGCCGGACUACAUAGAAAUUAAAGGUCAGGAGCAGGUCGAAGGUCUUGCCAGCGCCUGUCAGCUUGCCAGGCAUGUACUGCUGCUUGCAGGACGCAGUCUCAAGGUUGGUAUGACAACAGAUGAAAUAGACUUCAUUGUGCACCAGGAGACAAUCAAGCACAACGCCUAUCCAUCCCCCCUCAGAUACGGGGGUUUCCCUAAGUCAGUCUGUACGUCUGUGAACAAUGUGGUCUGCCAUGGCAUACCUGACAGUCGGCCUCUUCAAGAUGGAGACAUCAUUAACAUAGACGUCACAGUUUACUUGAAUGGUUACCAUGGGGACACCUCAGAAACCUUCUUAAUCGGUGAAGUGGAUGAAGCUGGCCAGAGAUUGGUGGAAACCGCCAGGCGCUGCAGAGAUGAGGCGAUCGCUGCAUGCAAGCCAGGUGAACGUCUUUGUGUCAUAGGAAACACUAUCAGUGAAAUAGCUCGUGCCAGUGGCUUUCAGGUGUGUCCUUAUUUCAUUGGACAUGGAAUAGGCUCCUACUUUCAUUGCUAUCCUGAGAUCUGGCACCACGCGAAUGAUAAUGACAUGACCAUGGAUGAAGGGAUGGCUUUCACGAUAGAGCCUAUACUGAUGGAGGGGUCUGCAGAGUUCAAAAUCCUGAAAGACAAGUGGACAGCAGUGUCUACAGAUGAUAAAAGGUCAGCUCAGUUUGAACACACAGUUGUCAUCACGUCUGACGGAGUGGAGAUUCUCACUAAACUGCCAGAAGAAGAGAGCAACCCGUGACCUGCACGACUCUACCUCCUCACACUUUUUAUGAACUGUUAAAAAUGGGUUUACAAGCUACCUUUGUGACAACAAAACACAGCUAAAAGAACUUGAGUGGUAACUGAAGACACACAUAUUCUUCUACCGUUAUGGUCGGAACAUUUUUUUUAAAAGUGUUUUCUCUUGUUAAGUAUUUAAAAACAAAUUUAUUUUUUAAAUAUAUGUGGAGUUAUGGCAUAUAGUGUUUGUAUAUUCAAUCUGAGUAAGGUGUAUUUUCACCCUCGACUGCAGCAUAUUCAGAAAGAAAGUGGCUGCUGGUGUGUUCCUCCUACUAAAGUCAAUAAUUAUGAGGGUUUAUUUAUACCUCUCAGAAUGCAGUCUUUUCUUUGCUAGCUUCUUGGCAGGCCCAGUGAAUCUAGAUUGUUUUGCCAACUUACAGAUUUGUGAGGGUUUGGUUGGUUAGGUAGCAAUAGGGGAAGCAUGGCAAUAAUAUUUGAAACUGAGAAACUCCAAAGGUCCUCGGCCAGGACUUUAAACGUGCCACUCACUCUGUAUUUAGUAAACUCACAAAACUCCUUAAGUUAUGUAUUUAACUUCUGUUAUACUUUUUUGUAUUACCUUUUAAACCACACUUUUCUUUGAGUUGUCUAUAUUUGAUGCCCUAUUAUACAGUAAUGGUAAAUGAAGCCCUUUAUUUUUACUUAAUUUUGCAGUCUAAUUCAGAUAAAUCGAUAUUUAAAAACAAUUAUCCUUUAAAAUGACCAUAAAGACACACUUUUGCUUAUAUUAGAAUGUGGUGAUACAGUUCCUAUAAAAAGUAUUCACCCC